GUUAAUUUUUUUUUCUGAGAUGUUUGUUAUAAAAAAAAUCAAAAUCCAGGGAAGUCAGCCAUUAUGCCCAGUAGUAGUGUCUAUUGAGCGCUGAUCUUCCAACACCUCCCCUCCAACAGUAAUGGCGUACAGUGGGUGGUCGGUAGUAUAAUGUUAAAUUGACAGUGCUUUCUCUCUAAGUUUAGAAUAAUCUAACCGGAAACAAAUUUAAAGGAACCCGAAACAAUUCUCACGAUUACGACGCGAAUCUAAUCGAAAAUUAUUAAGCAGUCAACGGUUUAGUAUGCUCUUCGUUCGUCGCUUAUGGGUGUAGAUAUCUGACAGCCUCUAGAUCAUAGCAGCCUCAGUUUAUAGUAUGGCAUUUUUUCACCUUUCAUAUUAAGAACUCGCCCAAACAUGAUUCAUGAAUGGAACACUAUCAUGUUUAAUUGCAACAAUAAGUUUGUGAAAAAGAUGCAUACAGACAAAAGUAGUGGAACAUAAACAUCACCUUCCCAAAAAGGGUUUUAAAGAUGGCGAGGAAAGCAGAGGCUGUGCGAGCCAUAAAUGUGGCUGUGGUCGGGUUGUCGGGUAUGGAACGCGACAAGGGCCACGCUGGGGUUGGAAAAUCGUGCCUCUGCAAUCGUUUUAUGAGGUCCGUCGCUGAUGAUUACAACGUCGAUCAUAUAUCUGUGCUUAGUCAGACGGACUUUAGCGGUCGCGUAGUUAACAACGAUCAUUUCUUGUAUUGGGGGGAAGUUAUUAAAACGUCUGAGGAAGGCAUCGACUACCAAUUUAGUCUUAUUGAGCAAACUGAAUUUAUUGAUGAUGCAUCGUUUCAACCUUUUAAAGGUGGCAAAAUGGAACCAUACGUAAAAAGGUGUGCUUCAACGAAAAUAACAUCAGCAGAAAAAUUGAUGUACAUCUGUAAAAAUCAAUUGGGAAUAGAAAAAGAAUAUGAACAAAAAGUACUUGCUGAAGGAAAAUUAAAUGUGGAUGGGUUUAUAUGCGUGUUUGACGUAAGUGUGGUGCCGAGUAGGUCGAUAGAAAAACAAGUUGAGUUCGUAGCGGCGAUUUUAAAUAAUCUAAUAAAAACAAAGAAGCCAAUAGUUGUUGUGACAACAAAACAGGAUGAUUGCAACGAGGCGUACGUACGCGAGGCGGAAAAAUUAGUACAAAGAAAAGAAUACAAAGGUGCUAUACCGUUAGUGGAAACUUCGGCCCACGAUAACGUCAAUGUAGAUUUAGCAUUUAUACUGCUAGCGCAAAUGGUAGAUAGAAGUAAGGUACGUUCGAAGGUUGUUUCAUAUACAGAGGCCUCAAAAGCGCGUAAAGAGUUAAUGGACGCGGCGAGCGAGGCUUUCUUAAAACUCAUUAAAAUCCACGUAACGGAUUAUCGAGCUCUUUGGUCACAAACUGUUAAAAAAUUGAACUCGCACCGCGAAUGGAUCUAUUUUGUGCAAUUAUUUGGUCUCGAUGGAACACAAAGGCUCUUCCGGCGACACAUUAAAAAGUUGAAAGAUGAACAAUUAGCUAAACGCAUCGCUCAUUACAUGAAAAUGUUACCGGAUAUUUUACACGAAUUAGUUCCGGACGUAAAUACAUUUUCUGAUAGUGAUUGGUCCUCUAUACAACAAUAUUUAAAAUCACACCCGGAUUUUCUACAAUAUUUUUAUGAAUGUCCUGAAGAUAUGCCAUGGACGGAAUGUGAAUUUAAUUCGGAUGAUGAAGAUACAAGAAUUCCUUACGACGUUUUAGAUACAAGCGACGCCGAAACGGUGUACAAAAACCAUGUAAAUGUGUUGCAACAGGAGCAGAAGCGUUUAGAGAUGCCAAAAAGAUGGAAGAAACAAUUUAAGCAACUUCUUGAGGACACGGGCUACGUUACGCCUGGCAAACAUCUAUCCGAGGUGCGCGUACUGUUUAUGGGUAGGGAAUGUUUCGAGGCACUCUCUGAACACGAUUGUCAGCAAAUCUAUGACGCACACCAACGGGAACUUAUUGAAAACGCAAAACACAACUUUCAGGAAUUACUCUUGGAACAUGCCGAUCUAUUCUAUCAUUUCAAAUCGAUCGCUCCUGCAGGUACGAUAACGCAAGAAGACAUCAAAGAUAUAACUGAUGUCCUGCAGGACGAUUUCAGGUAUAAAAUGCUAGAUAGGUUGGACCAGGACAGGAAGUUGAUGCUAUUUCAGCACUUGGGUUUCGUUCAUCAUCCGCGAAGGGAACAUUGUCCGGCUUAUCCGAAUUGUAUGGAUGCGUUGAUUGAAAGGAUAUUAAUGACUAAGGCGCAUAGACCGUCUUCUUGGAACCGAAGCACGCAGUGGCUUCUUAACUCAGACAAUAAUCAGUUGAAUCUCGUUUUGCUGGGUAUCAACAACCUGGCGGAAGAGUUCGCUGCGAAAAUUAGGGCACAAUGUGAAGACGAUGAGUACGAAAUAGAUUGCCAAUUCUACAGUUUAGAUUACAGAACAAUAACUGGGGACGUUAGCUUACCGCAUAACUCAUUCCGCACGGCAGAGUUUAUACCGCACGGUAGUUUUUGCAUAUAUUCAAACGCGGAAUCAUUCGAAUACAUUCGCGAGAGUUUAGAAAAAACACUUCUUUCAAAUUUGGAACAAGAGGAUAAGCUCCCAUUCCAAGGUUUACCGAUAGUAUUAAUGUUUAUUCAAGAUUCAUUCAUCGAAGAAAAGGAUAUUUUAAAAUUAAGAGAAGAAGGUCAAAGUCUUGCCGAUAGUCUUCAAUGUCCGUUUAUGGACGUUUGUCUUGACCAAGUUAGCGACGAACAACUCGUAUCCGACGCCCUCCAUCGUCUAGUGCAAAGUAUACACCAUCGCGCCGGCUUCUUUAUUUAUCAAUCCGUUAUUGAGUGCGUCGAACCGGAUAUUCGAAUAAUUAUGUGCAUGUUUUGCGGUGAUCCGUAUUCGGUGGAGAACGUUUUGGCUCCCUUACUAUCUCAUCAAUGUUGCUUCCUUUCGGCCGCUCGCAGUAUAAUACUCGAAACGUUCCUCGGCGAUUCCAAACGCAAAGUCGAGGUCAUCAUUUCCUCAUUCCACGGUGCCAACGCUUUUAGAGACGAAUUAGUACAUGGAUUUAUACUCGUUUAUUCCACCAAAAGGAAAGCAUCACUUGCAACGUUAAACGCUUUUUCUAUGAACAUUCCAAAUCUACCUAUUCAAAUUCUCGCUGUUACCGAUUCCAAUGCAGCGAAUGCGUUCUUUAACAACGAUUUAAGUCACGCUCUAAUAACAGAGGGUAACGCUACAGCGGAUCGAUUACAUGCACAUUUUACUACAUCAUCUGCCAAUAGCCAACAAAAAACCGCAUUUUUCACACCUUUCUUCAAGGAAGUUUGGGAGAAAAAGCCGGAAAUAGAACAAGCAUUCCAUAUGGAGGAGCCGGCCGGAUUAGACGAUAGCGGCGAAGGUACACUAGAACAUCCAAGAUCGCAAAGAGGCCAUCCGUUACCUCCCCCAAGGCACGAAAGUUAUCAUUUAAAACUCGACGGGAGUGGUAGUGAACAUUACGAACAACUAACGGACCUAAACGGUCCCGACGAGAGCGACCAUAGUGAUAAAUAUUCUCAAAUUUACAUGUACGGCAGCGAAAACGGAGAUAUUAUAUCAUCAAAGAAGAGACAUAAUUUGCAAGGUUUUCACGUUUACCCACCACCAACAACGCCUCCAGAACCAGCUCCUCCAGAUCAUCUGAUAAACUCCCGGCAAAAACGUGCUCAAAUUUUAUCGGCAUCUCAAACUAGUUUAGAUGAAAUAACUUCUGACAUUAGCGGAUCAAGAGAAUCGUUAGCUACGCAUGAUUCAGACGGAGAUGUGGAACCUCUUAUACAAAUGCCAAGCGGUUGGAAUAAUUAUGGGCAGCACGCUUUUACAACCGGAAGAAGACACGUAACUCCACCCAAAACCAGGCCAAAAGGAGUGUCCCAAACGUUAAAACAACCGGGAAAAUUAAACCUUAAAAAUUACUCAAUGGUGACGGAAGCCAUUGCCCGAAUGAAUAUUAGCGGUAAGGAUAGUCGUAAUUUCGGAAAUGCACCUUUGGCAACACCGGAAGUUGUAGAUUUGGGGUCCGAGUAUGCGCAGGUUAAGGAUAUGGUGCAGAAUAAGUACGCGCAAGAUGAUUACACUUACGCUCUCGUACAAGACGCCGUGAGUGGUAAGAGUAAACUGCGGCAGCGACGAGAAAAGGGACAACCAUCGUAUUCGGAUACAGAUAGCGAAUGGAGUAGCUUAGAGAGGAGACAACGAGCAAGCGAGGUCUAUUCCAAGGUAAACCGAAAGGCAGCGACGCAUAAGAGGCCCCGCAAAAAACGGACCACCCCUAUACCAGUUCAACCACCCCGUGUACCACAAUUAGGUAGUUUCACUUUACCCGCGGCUCACACCACCCAAAACACAGAAUUAGAUACAGAUAAAGCUAAUGUGCCAAGCGAGUCUAACUCGGAAUCUUCAGAAGGUAGCGAUGAACAAUUUGUCCCAACGGAUCGGCGACGUUUUGUUGCCAACAGUUCAUAUAGUCUCAAAAAACGUCCGAUUCCGGUUGUGGUACCGUUACCUCCUGAAUUACAUAACACGCUCAGCAUUCAAUUAAAUUCCCCGGAAUUGUUCUCUGGAAAACCGAACUCUUUUCCGGGAAUGAUUCACGACGAUGAAUCAAGUUUGGAUGUUUCAUCGCCGAGGGACAACAACUCGCCAAUGUUUGGGGUUUUACCGAAACAAAAAGAUUCCGAUCGAGAAAAGUUACUGAGAAAGCGAGAAAAGCAAAAAAUUAAGGAUGACUCAAAGUUGGAGAAGCGCCGAUUGAAAGAGGAGAAAUUACGGAAAGUUGCCGAAAAUAAAGAUAAAGAUCGCGAUAAGAAAAAGCACCAAAAAUUAAAACAAAAGUCGGCCUCGACUAGUGGUAUUCCUAAAAUAGCUGAUUUUAUACAGUCCGACAAAAACUACGUUCCAUUAUUCUUAGAAAAAUGUGUCAGAUUUAUUGAAAAUGAAGGUUUAGACUCUGAAGGAAUUUAUCGAGUACCUGGAAAUAGAGCGCAUGUUGAUUUACUCUUCCAAAAGUUUGAAGAAGAUGCGAAUGUGGAAAUUCAAGAUUUGGAUAUUCCCGUAAAUGCGGUCGCGACAGCUCUAAAAGAUUUCGUAUCAAAACGAUUACCUCCGCUUUUCGAAGAGGAUGUUAUGGUGGAGUUAGAAGAUAUAGCGGGGACGCGUUUAAAGCCGAUGGCGACGCAAACAGGCAAUUUGGAGGUGAAAACAGAUCGUAGUUGCCGAUUAUUAGCUCUUAGAAAAAUGCUCGAUAAACUUCCUGCUAUUAACUUUGAAGUAUUGAAGUUUAUAUUUCAACAUUUUGUUAAAGUGGCAGAAAAUUCAAAAUUAAACAGUAUGGAUAGUAAAAAUUUAGCUAUAUGCUGGUGGCCAACGCUGCUACCGAUUGAGUUCAGUGAUAUGGGUAGGUUUGAGCAGAUGCGACCAUACCUAGAAGACAUAGUUCAAACGAUGAUCGACCAGUACCCGUUCCUGUUCUGCGGCAAAGAAGCGUUCGUGAUGGUGUAAUAAUAAUAAUAUCGCCGCCAAAAUGCACCACAUCAACAAUAAGUUGUUGUCAGCGCACAAGAGCUCUGUCGAAAAGAAAAAAAUACGGGGAUCUCCCGACGCGAGGCGUCCGGUGUACGAAAUAAUACUUGUGAUAAACGAACGUGGGCCGGCUCGUGGGUUAAUUAAAAAAAAAAAAAGUGGGCGCCUCGCGGUGGGCCCCCGCAAUCUGGCGCACAAGUGAUCGAUUUGUAUUUUUCAUACGUGAAUCUCACCGUAGUCUUUAUAAAAAAAAAUGAAAGAAGAUAGGAAUUAAAUUCAACUUUGCAUUGAAUGUUUUAAUAUUGAAAUCGCGUGAGUAUGUGAGUAUGAGUAACGCGUAUAUAUACAUAUACGGCGUCUUGAGUACGUUUCGAUGUGGAUAAAGUAAUACUUCUGAUAAUUCCGUUGUGGUCAAUGUCUUCUUUAGCGUAGUAAAUGUCGGAUCCGUUCAUAAAUUUGUUGCCCUCCCGAAAUAUCAACGAGAUAACUGUGGCACUUGGCUACCAAAGUCCAUAAAUUAUUAAAAAAAAAAA